AAAAAAAUGACGUCACUAAUCACGCCACACUGAAAGCCGGCCGACGGAUAACCCAGCCCGGUCUUUUGACAAGUCCCAACGUUUAAACUUUAACUCCCCUGUACCGUUACAACCAGUCUUUUUACAGGGCAAGUCUUCGGGCGGGAACACUGAGGGGAAAUCAUGGGCUCCACGGUUUCUAGAGACGAUUUUGAGUGGAGUUACAGCGAGGAACCACACGCCUCUCGCAGGAAGCUCAUUCUAGCAAAGUACCCGCAGAUGAAACAACUUUUUGGGCAUGACUCCAACAUGGUGUACAAGGUGGGCUUCAUGCUGACACUACAGCUGAUAGCCUGUUACUUUGUACAGGAUGCACCAUGGCCAGUGAUCAUACUCUUGGCGUACUGUUUCGGUGGCGUCAUCAACCACUCCAUGAUGCUGGCUAUCCACGAAAUUGCACACAACCUGGCCUUCGGCCACUCUCGUCCCCUCCACAACCGUAUCCUGGGCAUUGUGGGAAACGUGAUCAUUGCCGUGCCCAUGUCCAUCUCCUUUAAGAAGUAUCAUCUGGAGCAUCACAAGUACCAGGGAAAUGAAGAGAUGGACAUGGAUCUGCCAUCCAAGAUGGAGGGAAUUCUGUUCCACACCACCUUCACCAAGUGCAUCUGGCUCUUCCUCCAGCCCUUCUUCUAUGCCCUCCGUCCACUCUUCCUGCGGCCCAAGCCUGUCACAGGGCUGGAAAUCAUCAACACCACCGUCCAGAUCACCUUUGAUGUGGCUAUUUUGUACUUCUUUGGAGGCAAAUCUCUAGCGUACCUGAUGAUUGGCAGCCUGCUCGCUAUGGGAAUCCAUCCCGUGGCGGGACACUUCAUCUCGGAACACUACAUGUUCAAGAAAGGCUAUGAGACCUAUUCCUACUACGGUCCACUGAACGCGAUCACCUUCAACGUUGGUUACCACAACGAGCACCAUGACUUCCCCAAUAUUCCUGGGUGCAGACUCCCCAAGGUCCGUGAGAUUGCUCCUGAGUUUUAUGAGAACCUUCCCUGCCACACGUCUUGGAGCCGCGUCCUGUACGACUUCGUUACCGACCCGGACAUCGGACCAUACGCUCGCGUCAAGCGCAGGAGUAAGCCCAUCCCCAUCAACCCUGCCAACCUAGAUGUAGAUGGGGACACCAAGGCAGAGUGAAACAUUACAUGUAGACACAAGUACACUUCACUAUCAAUGAUGUAUCUACACACACUUAUGUACCUUUGUCAGAUUACAGAAAGAAUUGCAGAAAUACUAGAGACAUCCCAUUUGUCCUGUGCUUUAGGGUUGCCAUCAUCAGAACAUAUGACGUAUUUCAUAUUUAAAGAGCUUAAAAGUAUUAAUCUUAACAGUAUUCGAGAGCUAGAAAAUCUUCUGGUUAAGUAAGAAUGGUCAUGUAUCAAAUUGCCCUUGGAGCUGGUGAACAAAGUUUGCCUACUAUUUUGCUUUGUUGGCAAUUGUUGGAAGUAGACUGGGGCUUGAUAGCCAGUAAAUACUAAGUGCCUCUCAUUGCACAAACUUCUCAGAGUGGCCUAAAGGUUUGAACAAAAGAAGUUGAUGCUUAGAUUCUUAAGGUCUAUACAAAGUUGUACUUGAAAAGGUUGAGCAUGGUACAUUCAUGCCAUUAGUACAGUCCCUGUAAUUCUAUGGGAGGGGAGUCAAAUUCCCCCUUAGAGUUGUUGGACCUGACGUUGAUCGAAUUGUGGUGCAUAAGCACAGCCAUGUGAUGAUUAUAGUUUUGUACCGUGGCAGGAAGAAACAACAGAAUGGAGUCGUGUAUAAUUGCCUGUGUAAUUAAUUGUUAUUACAUUUCUCAUUUACAGAAAAUUCUGUAUCUGAGACAGGCCAUAAUUCCUUGUUUAUCAUUUUAAGGCCUUCAACAAGGUUUUUUAUUGUAUCAUGAGAUCAGUGCAAUUGCAAUGAUAUCUUACAUCAUUUGUUGUUUUAACUGCAUAUGCAUAGAGAUACAUUCAUGUCAAAAAGGAUGGGAUUGAUAUGAGAUGUUGGAUUUAAAAUCAUUGGAGUGUUGUACUUCAUUGGGGGAUUUCCAAAAUAAUACAUGCUCAGAAGUUGAAAUGAUGUGUGAAAUACGUGCCAAGCAAGGAACACUAUAUCACUUUGUAUUCAGACUUAUGUAGCAUUAAUCAGCAUGUUGCACUCUACAAAAAUAAUGCUAUAAAAUAUCUAGCAUUAAAAGUGAUAUGAUCCAUAAAACCCUGCAGAUAUCUUUAUUUUCAACAUGGAGGGUUUUGAGAUGGAAUAUGCAGGUUAGAAAAAUGAUCAUGCUAACAUAUAGUAAUUCUGAAGAAAUGUUGAUAUUAUGAUGUUGAAGACACAAUGAUCACGCAUGGAACGGUUUUGUACAAAAUUGUCAUAGAAUUUCCAACAAGAUAAGGUUUCACAAGCCUGAGCCUCUAAAGCUACGUCUUAUUUUUUACCAACAAGUAAAAUAUUAUUUAUUUUGAAAUACCAGUAUUGUAUUUUAAAGUAUCUCAUGUUUUCUUGUCCACAAAGUUGGGUUCUUCCCUUUGCAAGAAGAUAUAUGUAUAUGGCAUAUGGCUAUCCAAACAUGUAUGUAUUUAUGUAUGUUGAAUGUAAGAGUAUUUCCUCCAAAAUGUUGUUAACAGCUUUACUUAUGUACACAUGUGUAAGCUGUGCAUUGUGUUUGGAUGCCAAUGCUUUUAGCCAUGACAGUUGUAGAGAGAGAGAGCUAUUUCAAUACACAAUUUAAUACACAUCCAACUGAAAAUUCAAGCAUUUUGGAAUAUAACAUUCUUCACUUGUGCUUCAAGUUCAAACAUUGUUAGAUGGUCUGGUUACUUUUGAAAUUCAAAGUCAUUUGAGAAAGAGCAAAGCUGAUGUAUAUUUGUAAUGAAUUCAAUUUUGUUUCUUUUUAAUUUUACACUGAGUCAUUUCUCUGAGGCAUUGCCAGAAAAAUUGUCAUAUAACUGCGUUUUGCACAUAUCCAUGGUUUGUCUUUUGCUUUACGAUAAACAGAGGGAACGUAGACAUGUUAUAUUUGAGAAGAAAACGUGUUACUGGGUUA